AAGGGGGAUGGGAGGGGACUGGUCCUCCCAGAUGCAAAAGGGAGCGUCCAUAGUUUCAGUUCAAAGCAACUGUUGGCAACAGGUUACCAUUCAAGAUGGUGGGGACGGCACGCCACGACCGAGAGAUGGCGAUCCAGGCCAAGCAGAAACUCACCAUGGCCACUGACCCCAUCGAAAGGCUCCGCCUGCAGUGCCUAGCCAGGGGCUCCGCGGGUAUCAAAGGGCUUGGCAGAGCGUUUCGAAUUAUGGAUGACAAUAACAACAGAACCCUUGGUUUCAAAGAAUUUGUGAAAGGGUUAAAUGAUUAUGCUGUGGUCAUGGAAAAGGAAGAGGCAGAAGAGCUUUUCCAGAGGUCUGAUAAAGAUGGAAAUGGAACAAUAGACUUUAAUGGAUUUCUUCUCGCAUUAAGACCUCCAAUGUCCAGAGCCAGAAAAGAGGUAAUUAUGCAAGUUUUCAGAAAGUUAGACAAGACUGGAGAUGGCGUGAUAACAAUUGAAGACCUUCGUGAGGUGUACAGUGCAAAACACCACCCGAAGUACCAAAACGGAGAAUGGACAGAGGAGCAAGUGUUCCGGAAAUUUCUGGAUAACUUUGACUCACCCUAUGACAAAGAUGGAGUGGUGACCCCCGAGGAGUUUAUGAACUACUAUGCCGGGGUGAGCGCUUCCACGGACACCGAUGUGUAUUUCAUCAUCAUGAUGAGAACUGCCUGGAAGCUCUAAAUGUAUGACCCGGGCACCAGGGAUUUGAGUGCUGCCAUGUGGCUCCAAAUGAUUAAACAUCAGCUCAAAACCAGGAUCAUAGCUGAGUUCACGUUCACCCCAGGGUUUCUUCCGUGCUCACGUACAAUGCAUUUUCUAGGGCAGAAAUGAAGAAACUAAGUAUUUAACUGUGACUUCUCUGAGGCUGCUUCUUUAGCUCUAAAAUAGGAAUUAGUUAAAAUAAGGUCC